GUUUGCUUUUGGGAGCUCGGGUUUCUUUGUUUAGGGUUUGGGUUCUCAGUAUUAAUGUUUCUGGUCUGUGUUCUUAAUAUUAGUAUUGGGCUUAUAUUUGGAGAUCAGAAGUUGACAGUUUAGGGGUCUAGAAUACCUUAGUAUUAGAGUUUAAGGCUUUUAGGUUUGGGAAAGUCUCCUUUUUAGGCUGUAGGUCCUCAUUUUGGAUGUUUAAAAUCAUACGGUUGCUGUCUUAAUAUCAUAGUUUAAAUAUCUUAAGUCACAGUUUUCAGGUCUGCUCUCCACUGCAGAGUCUGACAUCUCAUUAUUAAGACUAAAGCUCUGAAUCAAAGUUUGGAAAUCUGCUGCUUUUAGUUUUAGGUCUGGAUCAUUAUUUACAAGCCCAAAUUUGCAAUUUGAGAUUCAUGGACCUCAGUUUAGACUUUGGACAUUUUCAUUUGUUCUAUUGGCCUAUGUUUAUGGGGACUCAGGACUUUUUUGGGGAUCUCUUGAGUGCUCAAAGGAGCACCAUGGGGGGAAAUAAGGCUGCCUAUCAUACUGUGCAUUCUUCUUGGAAUCCCAGAGGUCACUAAUAAUUCUUUAUUUUCCCCUCUUUGCAGAUGUGGGAUUCCAGCAAACGUGUGUGUUCUCCUGAACAGCCCAGAACCAGUUCCCUGAGUCCCAGUGACAGGAAGCAGAGGAAAAACCACACCAGCAAACUGCAAGAGCUGGCAUUGAUGCUGCCAGUGACCCUGAAGACUGGUACCAAGAAGCUCACCAAGAAGGAGGUUCUCUUGCACAUCCUGCAGUACAUUCACUACCUACAGAGCAGCAUCAAUGUGACCAAGGCCUUGCUCCAACUCCACGCCAACCAUGGGCAUGGCGAACUCGGGGGGCUGGAUUGGAACCCUGCUGCAGGCCCCCCAAAACAGAGACUCUCUACCCCAUCCAGCUCCCCACACUCUCAGAAGUCCCGUCUUUGGGGAGCAUGCCGGAAACCUCGGAAGAAAAAGCCUACCAGACCGUCAGAACACCAGACCCGGGCCCAGAACCCUCGUCGCUGUCUGGCCCUGGAGAAGCCUGAGAAGCUGGAGACCCCAUCUCCAGACCAGAAAGGAGGAAAUGUGGUGGGGACCACCACCCUUCCAAGAUGCUGGGACUCUUGCAGUCUCCCCAGGGCUGAGGCAUCCUCAUCUCAAGGUGACAAGAAGGGAGGAAGAUGCCAGUUGACAUUGCUGGAUGUGGCUGAGAACAGCAUCCACUGUGACAUCUCAAGCUGCUGUGUCAAAGAUGAUACUCAGGAUUUGGGGUCUUAUCCUGCUUUUGAGGCCCAGCAAGGGGUCGAGAUGAUCCAUUUUCUCAACAAGACCCAGCCUGGUCCCAGGCAGAAGCUGGUGUUCUAUGAUUCUGGCGAGGAGGUGGGCAAGGAGUCCCCAAAUGCUGACCCUUGGAUUCCCGCCUGGACUGCAGAGGGCAGCCCCCAAGAGAGCCCACUGGCCUUGGGGCCUCCCCAGAUUACCAACGGGAUAGAGACAGACCCCCUGCAGGAGAUCCUAGGGCUCAGCCCCUCCCUCUUCAGCUCCCCAGGGAAACUGCUGUCUGAACAGAUCUUGGAGGACGGCAAUGAAUACCUGACCCAAGCUCUCUUUGAGGAAAUACUGUUAGAUUCUGCACCUUCACCUUCUGCCUGCAUCCUCGAGGAACCACAGAAGGACACGCCCCCCAAGAUCCCCAAAGACCCCCCUGACUCCCACGACCUGGGCCAGUCCUUGGUCUCGCUGGACCACUGCUACCUCUCGCUGAGUGAAAACAGCAAGGUGCCGUCCAGCCCCAGCUCGGAGGACAAGGACACAGACUUGGUGUGGAGGCAGCAGGAGGACACUCAGGCUGACCUCGAGGGCCUGCAGUCCUCCAGCGACGAUGGGGACUACACGUGGACCCCUACCCGGCGGGUCUUGCCCCUGCCCAUGGCCGGGAGGAAGGCCAGGAAGGGCCGGGCCAGCCGGCAUCCCCCCAAGUCCAAGGAGAGCAAGAAAGCCCCUGGCACCCCCCAGAUGAAGAAGAAGUGUGUCAACGGCUUCAUCAUGUUCUGCAGGAUGAACCGGAAGCAGUACAUCCGAGCCUGCCCUGGGACCGCAUCCACGGCCGCCACCAAGGAGCUGGCCCAACUCUGGCGGGUGAUGACCCUGCAGGAGCGAAAACCAUACUGCACCAAGGCGCGCAGGUUCAGCCGCCAGCACAACCGGAUCGUGAAGCAGGACAGCUCCAGCAGCGAGGACGAGGACUGGGAGACCCCCAAACCCUUCUACCAGCUGCUGGCCGAGAAGGCCCGAGGCUUCCCAGACCCAGUCUCUCCGGAGUCUCAGCAAGGGUGA